AUGGGCCAAGGGGGCAAGGCGAACCAAUUGUACGAUACUCGGGAUCACAAACAUUUGCAACCAUUUCUACUUUUUGUUCAUGCCUUUGCGGGCUGCGACACUACUAGCUGCUUUUUUGGGAAAGGGAAGAUGAAGCUGGUGAAGUUGCUGCUGCAGAACGACAGCAUUAGAGCGCUGGCGCUGAAGUUUUACGAGCCGGACUGCUUGGAAGACGAAUUGCUGCAAUGUGCAGAGACGAUUACUCUCGCACUAUACAAAGACAAAGAACAGUCUUCUUCUCUCGGGACUUUCAGAUACAAUUUGUUUUCUACAAACUUAGCAAAGGCAAAAAAGGAAACGCCCCUAGAAUGUCUCCCACCAACAUCUCCUGCCUUGCUUCAGCACUGUAAACGAGCGUAA